CGAGUUUCAAGUUAUUUGACGUAUGCUGAAAUUACUUGUUUUUCAGAGAAGAGUCGUGCUAUGGAGGCUGAGAAUGGCAAGGAACGUAAACCGAUUCUCAUGGCUGCUGUUACUACCCAAUCAUUCACCAAUAACUCUGGAGAGCAACCCCAAGUAGCCCUCGACUGUAAUACACCAGAGAGCAACGACAAUUCAUUGAUCACAACGAAUAAUAUUGGAGCUGCUCAUGAUCUAGGGUUUCCUGCUGAUCUCGAUGAUGAGUCAAACAAUUUCAACAGCAACAGCAAGAUUAAGGAUCAAGGAUUUUUUUCCAAGCCUCCCGGGUACAGAUUCCUUCCAACAGAUGAAGAGCUCAUCAUCUUUUACUUGGAGAAGAAAGUAUGGAACCAGCCCCUGCCAAUUAACAAGAUCGUGGAGGUUAACCUAUAUGCAUAUAAUCCAGAUUUUCUUGCAGCAAAAUACAAGGAUUAUCAAGAAGAUCAGUUGUACAUUUUCACCCCAAGAGAUCGAAAGUAUCAAAAUGGAAGACGGCCAAAUCGAGCUGCUGGUGAUGGAUAUUGGAAAGCCACCGGAGCUGACAGAAAAAUCAAAUCCAAUGGAACAAUAGUUGGGUAUCGGAAGGCAUUGGUUUUUUAUAUAGGAAAGGCUCCAAAGGGUAAAAAGACCGACUGGAUUAUGCACGAAUUUAGAGUCAAGGAUUCACCCUGUAGCGAAAGAGGCUCAAAUGGCAUGAGGUUGGAUGACUGGGUCUUAUGCAGGAUUUAUAAAAAAGCUGUUAAAUCAAUCAAAAUUCAAAUUGAAGAUAAUGCUCCUGUGAUGGUUGGUUCAACUUCACUGCUAGAUGAUCAUGAUGGGAGGGAUGAUGAGAUGAAUUUUGGAAAUCUCGAAGCUGCCGCUAUUGCUGAUGUUGAAGUACCAAUAAUAGGUGCCUGGGAUAAUAUGCUGACCACCACGGCCAGUACCUUCCAAAACGGGUUCCAGCAGCCAGAAUUUGAUGCUCAAUGCAGUAAUGCUCAUGCUCUCGAUACUGGGGCUACUUUCAAUGGCUACUUCAAUUAUGCAAGUCCUCAUGAUCUUCCUGCCACGAUGGUUCCACCAAUUGGGUGGUCCAACUGGGUGUAUAAUUCCACAGAUCAGAGAGUCUUUGGGUCUAACUAUCCAAAUGAACCGAGUGAAUUCCAAGAGGAUCUGUUGAUGAGUUUGCCAUCUCAAUUGGAUCCUAGUAGUUAUAGCUUUUACCAAGAGUCGUAUGUACAUCUUCCCGGUAGUGUUCCAAAUAAUAAUCCUGUUGAUAGAGAUGGCAGUGAAGAGUCUGACGACUAAUCUUUAAUUUGUUGAGAGAACUUAAGUAUUAGUUUAUAUAAGAUGAUGA